AUGCAAAAUAACGAAGAUAUUGAUGAAUGGAUUAAUUGGAUUGAGGAAGCUAUUAUUAAGAAACAUAUUAAAAAUUAUGAAUAUGAAAAUUUUAAAAAUAUUAAAGAAAUUGGUUCCGGAGCAUUCGGAAAGGUUUUUCGUGCAAAUUGGAAAAAUUUUGAUAAUUAUUUAGUGUUAAAAUCUUUUUUUAAUCUUAACAGCAUUACUUUAAAAGAAAUUGUUAAUGAGCUUAAACUUCAAAGAGAAGUAGAUUUUCAUAGUAAUAUUAUUCGCUUUUAUGGAAUUGCAAGAAUUGAGUCAGAAAACAUAAUUCACCAAACAAAAAAUUAUUUGUUGGUAAUGGAAUACGCUGACGGUGGUACUCUUCGUGAUUAUUUGAACAAAAAUUUCAAUAGACUUGAUUGGAAUAAUAAAUUUAAUUUGGCAUAUCAGUUAGCUUGUUCCGUAUUAUGUCUACAUGAUGAAGGGAUCAUUCACCGUGACUUGCAUUCCUGUAAUGUGUUGGUUCAUCAAAAUUCUAUCAAGUUGGCGGACUUUGGAUUAUCAAAAAGGAUUGAUGAAGCAUCGAAUUCACAAUCAAGACUACGUGGUAUGACUCCCUAUAUUGAUCCAAAAGCAUUAAUGAAUGGUAAUGAUUCAAAAUUAAAUGAGAAGAGCGAUGUAUAUAGUAUUGGCGUUUUAUUAUGGGAAAUAUCAAGUGGGAAACCACCAUUUCAUGAAGAGAAAAAUAAUAUUGGUUUAAGCUAUGACAUUUCACGGGGCCGAAGAGAAGAAAUUAUUCCUGAUACUCCUAAUGAUUAUUCAAAUCUUUAUACUGAAUGUUGGAAUAAUGAACCAAGUAAACGACCAACUAUAUAUGAGGUUGGUAAUAGAUUAAGAGUAUUUAUUCCAAAUUCAAAUAGCACGACGAUUGAUCAACAGAAUGAUAUUUCCAACCAAACUUAUUUUACGCCAAAUGAGAAUUUAACUCCAAAUAGUGUAGGAAAUUCAGUGCAUGGAGAUCUAUCCAAAGUGAUCCAAAAUUUUACUAAUCUGAAUACAAGUGAAAUAGAAAUGUCUACAAACGAACAAAUUAAUGAAAAUAUUUCGUCUGAGAAUCAUUUUAGCAUUAUGAUUAACGAAAUAGUUGAUCUUAUUUUUAAGGGUGUUAAUAAAAACGAGAUAGAUAAGGUAAAACAGCAUGUUCUUGAUUAUUUUAAUAGUCAUAAUGUAAAUUCAAAAGUAAUUUAUAAUUGGUUAUUAAAUAAUCAAAAUACUUCAGAUUCUAUUUUUUUACUUGGAUAUUUUAAUUGUUAUGGAAUUGGAUCAACCAAAGAUAAUGAGGAAGCAUUCAGUUUAUUUAUUAAUGCACUGGAGCAGGAUCAUAUAUUGGCACAAUAUUUUGCUGGAAAAUGUUAUGAAUUUGGAAAAGGAAUUAUAAAAAAUGAAAAGUUGGCAUUUGAAUAUUAUGAAAAAGUAGCUAAUAAAAAUUAUGCAGUAGGACAAUUUAAAUUAGGUUGGUUUUAUGAUAAUGGAAUAAGUGUCAAAAAAGAUUUAAAAAUGGCCGUAUAUUGGUAUGAAAAAGCUGUAAAUAAUGGACAUUUGAUAUCUAUGUGUAAUCUUGGAAAUUUAUAUAGAAAUGGAAAUGGAGUUGAGAAAGAUGAUAAAAAAGCUAUUGAAUUAUUUAAAAUAUCAGCUGAAGGAGGAUAUUUAGGUGGAAUAAUGAUGUUGGGAUAUUGUUAUGAUUUUGGAAUUGGAAUAAAUAUUGAUGAGCAAAAGGCAGUUGAAUUAUAUCAGAAGGCUGCAAAUUUAGGACAUAAUAAGGCUCAAUAUAAUCUUGCAAGUAAGUAUAAAUAUGGAAGAGGAAUUGAAAAAGAUUUAGAUAAAGCAAUUUAUUGGUAUGAACAAUCAGCUAAACAAGGACAUCAAAAAGCUCAAAAUAAAUUAAAAGAACUUAGAACAAUUAGAAAAAAUUAAUGUAAAUUAGUUAAAAAAUAAUUCCAUUUAUUUGUAAAUUUUACCAUUAUACAAGAACAUAGAUUUAAACACCAGAAUUUAUUAAAUUAUUUAUG